AUGAAUGAUCUGAUGACGAAAUCGUUCCUAAGUUAUGUGGAACUCAAGAAGCAAGCCAAGAAGGACACAGAAUCAGACCACGUAGACGUCGAGAAAGGCGAACUCAAAGAUCAAGACCCCCUCUCUGGCUUCUUCGCAGAGAUCGAAACCAUCAAAACCCUAAUCGAAGAGAUCACUCAUCUCUUACACGAUCUCGAGAACCUAAACGAAGAGACCAAGUCCACACACAGCGCCAAGAUCCUCCGCGGGUUGAGAGACAGGAUGGAGUCCAACAUCGUCUCCAUCUCUCGCAAGGCCAACGCCGUCAAAACCCUAAUCGAUGCCAUCGAGAAAGAGAAUCGAAAGAGUGGUUCUUGCGUCGACAGGACACGUGUUUCGAUCACAAACGGUGUCAGAGCCAAACUGAGAGAGACGAUGAGCGAGUUUCAUCGCUUGAGGGAGAGGAUCUUUGCUGAGUACAGAGAAGAUCUCAAGAGGAAGUACUUUUUAGCGACUGGUGAAGAGCCAAGUAACGAGGACAUGGACAAGAUGAUAUCUGGAGAUGGGUUAGUGAAGACGUUUGAAGUGAAGCCAGAGAUGGAUCUGAAGACGAAGGAGAGACAUGAAGCUGUGAAUGACAUUAAGAGGAGUCUUAACAGGCUUCAUCAAGUGUUUCUCGAUAUGGCUGUUCUUGUUGAGACGCAAGGAGAUAGGGUUGAUGAUAUUGAAGCUAAUGUGGCUGUUGCAGGGAGCUUUGUCAGUGGAGGAACCAACAGUUUGUUCCAUGCGAAUCAGAUGAAGAAGAAGAGCAAGAAGUUGGUUCUUGUGUGGGGUUCUGUUUUGGGUGUUAUCAUUCUUCUUGUGUGUUUGAUCUCCAUGCUUGCUUCUCGUUGA